AUGGCUUCCACAACAACAACUACUCUUAUCUAUCCAAUCACCAAUGAACAGUUCAACCUGUUUCACUCCAUCGACCGUGAACUGUACUCUCGGUUGAUCUUCGAACUCGGCCGAGACCCGGGCGAGUCAAUGCAAGUCAUGGCGUUCUGGUAUUGGAUCGAAAGAUCAAGCAUUGAUUUCUUUUUUGUGAAGAAAGUAUUGCCUCUGCCUAGCAAUCUACUCGAUGAACUUGUGGAUGAAACAGUGACUUGUUUGAAAUGCAUUGAGAGUGAUACAUUUUCUGUUGAGGGGACUGCCAUUAAUAACCUUCAGAAUUUUAUUGACACAGGGAAUCUUACUCUAGAAUAUAUGCAUGAGAACAGGAGUAGAAUCCUCCGUGGAGUCACCAAGAUUGUGAAUGAGGUCUGUUCCAGGGCUUUUGAAGACAUACUGAGAAAGAGAUUUGAGAAUGUGUACGACUACAGUCACAUUUGGAUUGGUUCCAAUGCGGCUUUUGGGAGUGACAGCCAUGGAGUUUCAAUGUCAAUUUCAGUCCCCACAAUGGGUAGCAGUUCUGGGAAUAGGGGAGAGAUAGGAACGAUGGUUUCGGGUCGUCUUUAUUGUCAUCCCAAUAAUAACAGUCCAAUGCACGAAACUCCUGCCACCAUGGGUUCUGUUAUAACUGUCCCGUUUUAUACCGGUUAUGGAGUUGUUCCCCAAAUGGGUUUUGGAGGAACAUUAAACAUUGCAGAGGGUUAUGCUCAUGGUGAUGGCUCUUCAACUUCUUCGGAGAAAAAUGUCGGAGUUACUUCUCAAAUGGUGGGUGUGGGGAGUUUGCAGGCUUAUGAACCUUAUGAUUUGAAGGCACAGCGCCAAUUUUUGAAUAAUGAACUGGGUGAUAUGCUGAGCCGUGUUAACCUUACUGUUAUUGGAGAAGAGGAGGACAUCCCAGCAGAUGAUAGGACCAUCUUCUUGACUUUCUCCAAAGGAUAUCCAACAUCUGAAACAGAAGUUAGAGACUUCUUCACUAGAACAUUUGGAGAUUUUGUCGAGACCAUCCACAUGCAAGAAGUCGUCUCGCCUAAUGAUCAAGUACUGUAUGCCCGCCUUAUAGCCCGUUCAGCCUCCAUCAUCGACACCAUUGUCGGCAGCGGCGGCAGAGCAAAGUACUCUAUCAAUGGGAAGCAUGUCUGGGCCAGGAAAUACGUGAAAAAACCCCAGCAGCCCAAGUCGCCACCGCAAGUAACCACCACAUCGCUGCCACGACCGCCUUCAUCGGGGACGACAUCGCAACCCUGA